AUAAAAUAAAAUCUUUAAAAAAUUAGGUUUUAAAUGUUCUGAAAAAACAAUACACAUUUAUAUAAGUAUAUAUAGUGGGUUCCGCUUAAUGUAAUCACUUUGAUGCAGGUCAUUUUGAUUAAAUUAACCGGUUGAUUCUAUAAAACAUUUACAAAAUUUUUUUCAUAAUUCAAUCUUUUAAUACAAUUACAUAUUAUGUAAUGUAACAUACAUAAUAAAUGACACUAAUACACGACUCUCAAAGAUAAUUGAAUAACAUAAUAACGUACAACAAUAUACUGUCAUACUAAUAAGUUCAAAACUAAAACAGUGGGUGAUGGGUAAUUUCACUUUUCCGACCCCUACAUUCCGGGAUUUCCACUUUGCAUCCCACCGGUCGGAAACAAAAAAUUUGUCUGCUGGGCGGAAAGUGGCCAAUAUCAAACGCUUCAACCAGCAUCGAAAAUUAAGCUUUCGGUGCAGGUAUGACUCAGAGUGAAUGGCCACUGCCCGCCAUAAACAAGUAUACUGCAACAAGCCUACCUCGUUUAUUUAAGCCAAGUGGGUGUCGAUAUUUAUAUCUAAUUCUAUCCAGUUAAGGAGUAGUUGGUUAGUUAUUUCCACUACACAAACCGGGUUGUUGAAUUGAUGCAAAUAUAGUUUUCUAAGUUAAAUUUUACUGGUCCUAGAAACUUAUGACCUGUAGCGUUCAUAGACUAACACAAUUAAUCACGAUAUAGCAACGUAUACAAGGUUUAUAAAAUGUUUGAAUAGUAAUAAUAUUAUUCAGUAUGUCAGUACACUGCUACAACGCUAUCGCUUGACUACCUGAGUAUAAUCCUGUUCUUACGGGUAGUUUAUUGAAGAUCAUAGGAGUAGCUGAGUACGAACUGAAACAAAUUUAAUUAUUAUGAUUUAUCUAUAAGGUAGGUUAUUACACCUAAAGUAAAUCAAACUAAUAAUGGUACUUAAAAAUGUAGAGAUGACAGUAAUGUCUCUACUUCACGAUUCGAAUUUGACUGGAUGGCUAUGCCAAUGAUUUAUAUUACCGUACUCUACGUUACUGCGUUACUGCUCUCUGUUUACUUAAACAAAUUCACCGAGUGCGACAUAAAUGACUCGUCAGUAAUCUGUAAAUCCUCAUAUGAAAUUCCUUCCCGCACGAGCCACACAUACCUACUAUUUUUUGUCACGCCUCUGCGUUCACCGAUCACUUGAAAAUUCAAGUUUCUAAAGAUAGGGAAGUCUGAUGCAGUAUUCAAAAGAGAUAAAAGCAGGGUACUGUCUGGUGUGUAGUCACAUUCAGGGACUGUAUGUCUUGGUCUGUUUCCACACUAGACGCUGUGUCUUAAUAUAGAUAGAUACCAUUUUGCUCGUGUAAAUAAGGCGAUAGGUUAAGUGACACGUACAUUGGAUAAACAUAUGAACGAAGGUAAAUGAAAGAAAACAAAUUAUGGAGGUUUAUACCUUGCGAGUUUCUUAUGGCAGUUUGGUUAAAUAUAGACUUUUUAAGAAGAAUUCUGGAAUGCUCCUCAAUUUUUGACGAGUCCGCCCUCGAAAAUUUUUCCACUUUAUCCACUGGCCUUGCUCUCCGCGGCUUAUUUCGAACGUUGGCCCUCUAGGACUCUAGUCCCUUACUCCUGUAACUAUUAAAUCCUAGUUACGCUCAUGAAUGUAUGACCCAAAUGUUGUUCAUAUAGUUAAAAAUUAUGUUAACCAAACCGUCCAAACCUCUAGGCACAUUCCUAAAUAAAUUUUAUAAAUCUAAUACAAUCUAUUUUGACUUUCCUGUAUAAUAUAUAGACGAUUGGACGUGACAUGUGUAUUAUAGUAUUGCCUAUUGUAGUGGAUCAUAAUUAAUAAUGUGUAUACUGUAAGAUUUCGUCUACCAAAGAUUAAAAUAAUGAAACAUUUAAUUAAAUAAUUAAAUCAUUAUUUAAUUUAAUCCGUGCUCACACAGUAAUACUACAUGGUUAUUGUAUCUAGGUACAACUUAUAAUUUAUUUUAUGAUGUCAUCCGGUCAUCGUAAUUAUUGUUUGACAAAAUAGGUACGGGUGUUCUGGGUAUAGCUAAACAUUUUACACUGAUAUUAGUUGAUGCUGAUGCACAUAUUAUUUUCUGGUUUCUAGUGUUUCUACUUAGUCAAAAUAAUUUGAACUUUAUUUCGAACAACAUACAAAUAAUCAAAAUAUCAAAUGUAAUCGAUUUUAAUUCUAAACAAUUUAACAAAAAUAAAAAAUAAAAAUUGUGGUAAUUGUGCUUCCCAGGAAGCAUUUAUUCAAACAGUGGCUCUGUAAAAAUUCACCCCCCCCCCUUAUCUGCCAGUUGUUAAAUUCUCCUCUGAAAUUUAAAGAACAUGUGAAAUAUUAAAGUACUUAUAUAUAUUUAAAUUUAUAGCCCCUCAGCAAUUAUACCUUAUACUGACAAAUUAAUAAUUAAUCAUAAUUAUGUAUUAAUAUCAUGUGUUUAUUUAGUUUAGCAUUUAAUAUUUCUAUUGACUACACACAAGUAUAAAUAAUAAUACUUAAAACACACAAAUAAACAAAAAUACUUUUAACAAUAAAUUUACGGGAAACUUAUCAAAAUUGUAAAACACUAAGAUGACAUGUGGUGCAUGUCAAUACAACACCGAAAAUGCAGAAAGUUUUAAAUUUGUAAACAAUUACGGCAUACACUUCAUGUGGUACCCUGCUACAUUUUCACAAUCAAGACUAGGAAAUAAAAAUUCAAAAGGGAGUAAUGCGUGUACUAUUAUAGCACUACUCAUGGCUACAAACAUCAAUACAUCAAACAUCCGAGUAAAGUGUUUGUUCACACCAUCGGUCAAAGACAGUCUUACCGAAUUGUUUUCAGAUGCAAUACUUAAUGGUAAUUUAAUUCACCAAAAUUUGUUCAAAAACUGCAGCUCAUCACAAAACACAAACCUAACCGUGCCAGAAGCAAUGAAUGCAGGAGAAUCAUCCCUGGGAACCAUGACUGAAUGGAAAAGUUCAGUUUAUUUUAACGAUAUGAUAAUCAACUUGUAUGCAGAGAUGAACCGCUAUGUAAUAGAAUGGUAUACAAACCCUCCAUGUUGUGAACCAAACAACCUUUACAUAAUUCUCAUUGCUCACAACAAAGCAAUUUUAAUGGUAAUACAAUUAGAUAUGGACUCUGUAUUACUUAUUGAUUCUCAUCAACAUUCAUCACAUGGAGCUUUAAUUUGUCAAUGCCGAAUAUCAAAAUUAGAAAACCUUUGUUUGUGGUAUGCAAAAAUGUUGUGCAACUCAGCCGGCUCGAAUCCAAAUGCAUACGAACUUAGUUUUUUAUAUUACAAGUGUGAAAAACAAAACAAUAAAAACAGCAUUUGAUUU